AUGUCCGGAGUGGGCGAGGCUACCGCCAUUGUGAGCUGCGGCGCCGGCUUAAUCCAAAUAUAUGACACCGGUUGCCGCAUACUCAAGCAGAUCAAGGCUCGCCGGCGAGCCCAUGGGGCCUUACCUCCUCUAGACCUUUUAGAGGAAUCUUUUAGGAAAAGUAAGAGACUGAUAGAAGAAGUGGUCGUCGAUGGCAAGCUCCGGUUCGGCUCUAGCUUCGAGGAGGGUGAUGAGACUGUGCAAUUAGCACUUAUGAGAAUUACGAUCGCCACUCAGAAUACCCUCCUAGUCGGUCUGACGCAGCUUGGAGACGACGAUGAUGUUAUUGAUUUCGAUGCCUGGAUCGACACUCUGGAUAAAGGUCGAACGGAUGCCGUUUCCGCGCUCCAUGCGCUGUACCAGCGGAAAAUGGCGGAAGAGAUGCACAGAAAGAAGAAUAUACAGAUAGCACAAGCUGUGCCCCAAGGAGCGCCACCCAGUCUACCUAAGGCUAUGCGGGAAGCUCCUAAGUUAUCCGAGGAAGACCCCAAUGAACACUUACCAGUCCUUCAUUCUCCUGAAAAUCCGACGAAAGGCCCUCGCAGACUCACCACAUCGCGCUUCAAUCCAUAUCGAAGAAUGGGGUCAAACCGAGCCUCGUUGAUGUAUCCGUCCUCGGAAGCAACGGAGCCAAAAGAACAUCCUCGUGAUCAUAAAGACAAACGAUGGGGAAACGAUUUGGUAGGUUCCAUCAAGACCUCUGACCAAGAUGCGCUCUCCGUAAUAUCGGCGGAUUCGGGCUACGCUAGUAUCGGACAAACAGCGUCGUCGCGAAUUGAAGACUAUCAUGGUACCCAGACCUCGGACGGCUGGGGCUGGCUUAGGCCCCUUCAGGAAAGAGAACGUGCGGCACUUGAGGAAAGAGAACAUACCGUACUCAAGGCAAGAGAACAUGCCGCUCUCAAGGAAAAAGAAAAGGCCGCACUCAAGGCAAAGGAACAUGCCGCCAAGGGAAGACAAUAUGCCGCACUCAUGAUGGAAAGACAAUAUACCGCACUCAUGAUGGAAAGACAACAUGCCGCACUCAGGGAAAGAGAACGUGCCGCACUCGAAGAAAGAAAACAUGCCGCACUCGAAGAAAGGAAACACGCCGCACUCAAGGAAAGAGAACACGCCGCACUCAAGGAAACAGAUCACGUGGUAUAUCAUGAUACCAAAGGUGUGAUGUCAGGAGAGCUGUCUCUCAGUGAACCCAUUGCCCAACCAUACGACCAUCCUCGUCCCGUUGUCAGUACGGAUGUUGUGCACCCACCAGCUGAGUUGAAACCCCCCGUAUAUGAGUUUGCAGUCGAUACGUCCGACUCCGUGUAUAACCCCAGCGGCUCAGACGGAAAACCCAACGAAAACCAGCUUUUGUCAGAAUCUGAUCAUGACUCCGCUUUGUUGCUAUCAGAUGCAGAAGACAGUAAAUCGAUAGGCCCGCCUCCACAGACUCGUCCGGUUAUGGAAGAAGCACAAAGUCAGAUUCGCGCUCUGUUUGUGUCGAAUCAAGAACUUCAAUCAGUCGCUACAGACUUGCUUGCAGGUAUGGGUAGAGAUCUUCUUAUUGAGAAUCUGAAAGGACUGUUGCUGUCAUAUUACAAGUCACAAAAACAACUUGCAAGGUCAGAUCUCGAGCAUGCGGUCGUGGGUCUGCUAGGCAGAACUUUGAGAGAAGAAAAACUCGCCAUAUACAUAGCAGACAGCCUAACACCAACAUCGGAGCAUAUACGACAUGGCCACGAGGAGAGUAUGGAUCACUCACGCCAUGCAAGAGCUGACAUGGAGAUAUGGAUCUCGAACAAUGGAGCAUUUUCCAUGCGUCCCAAGUCCACAGACAGCGAGAACGCAGAUUUUGACUAUCAUGACCCGAGUGGUCUCGAAGAUGAGCAUAUGUCCGACAACACCCCAGUUGAAUGUGCGCCUAUCACGAGAGCUGGACAGUUUUUAUGCACUGGUAACGCAUUUGAAAACCUGCUGCUGAAUAUGCAGAUGCUCUUGAUACCCAGCGAGUUUCACAUCUUGGCGGAGACGUUGUUAACCAUACCGAAAGACGAUGUGAGAAUUGACCGCGUGUGUGACCCGACAUUCUGGAACGAAUGCAAGAUAUCUAUUGACGAGGUCACAAAUGUGAGCUGGAAUUGGUGGCCCUUGAGCCCAAUUAUUCCGCCGCUACCGGAAGACCGUGUAAGAAUAUGGUGGAAGUGUCAUUGUGGAGAUGAGUUGUGGGAAGAUAUCCCAGAUGAUCAAUAUCACCUCUUUCGCAGACUGUUAUCUCCCAGGAAGUCGAAACCGCGUCAUACACACUUGUGUCAGACAGCUUUCAGACACACGGGUCGAGCUCAGCGGACUCAUUCACCGGUUCCCAACGGAUCGGGUCCUGCCCCCGAUACCACAGCCCCGGCUCCUGCAGCGUACACAGGUCUGGUGCAGUCAAGCUUGAGUGUGUCAAGCUCGCCUUCAGGUUCAGCGGCCUCCAGCUCGCUGUCACGCUCGGCUAGUCCCACGUCCUCUACCGAUGCUACGAGCGUUGUUUCCGCCUCCGUAAGUAUAUCUUCACAGCAGCACAUGUAUGUGCUUCUCGGUAUUGGUGGCAUGCGGAGCACACUUGACUUGGAACACAUGGAUGUCAUCAAGGACACCAAGACCGAUGCGGAAUUCUUCAAAAAGCUCAACGAUCUGUACAGGUCAGCACGAGGGAUGCUGAGAAUCUUAUUUUCCAUUUGGAGACUGAGUCAUUGUGACUUCGUGAAGUUCAGAAGAUUCAGACCCAAGAGAGUGACUGACUUGUGCGAAGACUUACCUGAGGAUGAGGUAGAGUACACUUACAGUCCGCGGCCUCCAGAAGUCACAGUGUCAGCGCCCGGCAUCACCAAGCACAUGUGGCAACAUGCCCUUCAUCCCUGCGAUGGACGGUUAAUGGGUCUCACAUUAGGAUUCUGUGCACUUGGAUGGUUUCACGACUGUGUUGAGUAUUUUAAUCCGGAUUCGAGUGAAUAUAUUGUUCGAAUACCGAAGAAGCACUCGGAAUGGCUGGUGGAAACUGAGGGUAUUGAUGAUGCCUUUGGGAUUCUGACCAAGGAAGAGCCGAGUAUUCUUUACGUGCUCGUUUAUCACGUCCUCAUUCUUGCUGGGCCUUUCGCAUUUUGGGGUUGGGCAAUGCCUCGUGAGUCUCGACAAGAUGGUUCAUGGGAUCUACAAAACCCAAGUGUACCUGUCACGAUUGCUUUGAGCCUACUGUCGCUGUUUUGGGCGUUAGCCUACCCAUUGAAAAUGUUUCGAGAUCCAAAGUUGUAG